AUGAGGGUUGGGCGCAAGUGCCGCCAUUCGAGUGGGGGGGGGAACGGGCAGGUCGACCCAUCGGCCAGGCGACAGCGGAUUGCGGCCGUCCGAAUGCACGUCGAGUGGGCGGGAGGAGUGGAGACGGAAACGCGGCGCGGCGCGGGAGCAGACCGAGUCGCGACCGCCUUGCCGACGCUCGUCGUUCGGGUGGUGUGGCAAGCGUCAACCAAUCAUCUUUCCAUCUCGACUGACCGAGUGCGAUCGCUUUUUCGGGACCAUUUGGCCCGUCUCGAUCGCGGACCUCAUGACGCCCGGCUCCGGUCGAAGCAACCGGACUUGGGCCAUGUGGGGCGCGGAGGCAAGGCAACCAGUUCGGCCAGUCGGGUUGCUAUGGCCCGUCUUUUGGGCGGUCAUUCCGAGACCGGAGGAGCGCGAGACUGGAGGCACCCUCUCCUGUCCCCACACACGCCCGGGCGUGGAUGUGCAACUCGUAAACUCUCUCUCUCUCUCUGCUUGCGAUCGAUAUGGCCCUUUUUCGGCCCACUGACCAGGCAACCAAAUAUGUGCUGGUGGAACGGGUUUCAACCCUCCCACCCGCGGACAGAGUCCUGA